CCAAUACUGAUAUCGAGAAAGAGAAUAUGAAUGUGUGGAUUCCUUAAGCAAGGAGUGAUAGCGUUCAACUCUCUCCUUCUCCUCAGACGUAACCCUUUCUCUCUGCCGCCGCCGUCACACCUCACUCGCAACCGCUCCCUCUCCGCCAUCGCAACGACGUCGUUUCAUCCCAAGAUGCCAGGACUCGAAUCUCAGGCAGUCGGAGUCGAGUGGCCGGCGAACCGCGUGCGUGACACUUUCUUCAGCUACUUCAUGGAGAAGGAGCACAAGAACUAUAAGUCCAGCCCCGUCGUCCCUCACAACGAUCCAACUCUUCUCUUUGCAAACGCUGGAAUGAACCAGUUUAAGCCCAUUUUUCUGGGAACGGCGGACCCGAACACCGAUUUAAGCAAGCUGACGAGAGCAUGCAACACACAGAAAUGUAUUAGGGCAGGUGGGAAGCAUAAUGAUCUCGAAGACGUGGGGAAAGACACCUACCAUCACACUUUUUUCGAGAUGCUGGGGAAUUGGUCGUUCGGGGACUAUUUCAAGAGUGAGGCCAUUGAAUGGGCUUGGGUGCUUCUCACUCAGGUUUAUAAGCUGCCAGAGGAUCGAUUUUAUGCCACUUAUUUCGGUGGUGAUGAGAAGCUGGGUCUUGCUCCUGAUAAUGAAGCUAGAGAUUUAUGGCUUAAGUUUCUACCACCUGGACGUGUACUGCCUUUUGGCUGUAAGGAUAACUUUUGGGAGAUGGGCGAUACUGGUCCUUGCGGCCCUUGCACUGAGAUCCAUUAUGAUAGAGUUGGUAAUCGGGAUGCUGCAUCAUUAGUCAACAAUGAUGACCCUACCUGCCUUGAGAUCUGGAACCUUGUCUUUAUUCAGUUCAAUAGGGAAAGUGAUGGCUCUCUCAAACCAUUGCCUGCUAAGCAUGUUGACACUGGGAUGGGAUUUGAAAGAUUGACAUCUGUACUUCAGAACAAGAUGAGCAAUUAUGACACUGAUGUGUUCAUGCCUAUAUUUGAUGCUAUUCAGCAGACUACGGGGGCUCGCCCAUAUUCUGGGAAAGUUGGAGAGGAUGAUGUAGACAAAGUUGACAUGGCAUACAGGGUUGUUGCAGACCAUAUAAGAACUCUUUCAUUUGCCAUUGCUGAUGGGUCCCGUCCAGGCAAUGACGGACGUGAAUAUGUUCUGAGACGUAUCCUUCGUCGAGCUGUUCGAUAUGGAAGAGAAGUCCUAAAAGCACAAGAAGGAUUUUUCAAUGGGCUUGUACCUGUGUUGGUAACACUGAUGGGUGAUGUAUUCCCGGAACUAAAAGGAAAUAAAGAACGCAUUAGAGACAUAAUCAAAGAGGAAGAGGAAGCAUUUGGCAAGACUCUACUUAAGGGAAUAGAAAAAUUCAAAAAGGCUGCUCAAGAUGUUCAAGGCAAAAAAUUUAGCGGGCAGGAAGCUUUCGUCUUGUGGGACACCUUCGGGUUCCCUUUGGAUUUGACUCAGUUGAUGGCAGAGGAAAAUGGAUUAGAAGUUGAUGUUGAGGGUUUCAAUUUCGCUAUGGAUGAGGCUCGAGAAAGAUCAAGGAAUGCCCAAAAUAAGGAAGAAGGUGGUGCCAUUGUUUUGAAUGCUGAUGCUACUGCUUCAUUGCACAAGUGUGGAGUUGCUGCAACAGACGACAGCUUCAAAUAUAUAUGGUUUCAGGACCAUGAAAGCGUGAUUAAAGCAAUUUACACUGGUUCAGAGUUCAUGGAUAGUGUUGCUGCUGGCAGUUUAGUUGGUGUUAUUUUGGAGUCUACGAGUUUCUAUGCUGAGCAAGGUGGACAGAUUUUUGACACUGGAUCACUACAAGGAGGCUUUGGCUCAUUUCAAGUCCGCAAUGUUCAAAUUUUUGGAGGUUUUGUUGUCCACAUUGGCUCCUUUUCUGGAGAGCAUGGCAAACUCUCUGUGGGUGAAAAAGUGGUCUGUAAGGUUGACUAUAAAAGGCGUACACUCAUUGCGCCUAACCAUACCUGCACACAUAUGUUGAACUUUGCUCUGAAGGAAGUUCUUGGCCCUGAUGUUGACCAGAAGGGUUCCAUUGUUCUUCCUGAAAAAUUGAGAUUUGAUUUUUCUCAUGGUAAGCCGGUGGAACCUGAACAGUUGAGAAGAAUCGAAUCAAUCGUGAAUGAGCAAAUAAAAGCUGAGUUAGAUGUGUCUGUUAAGGAGGUAGCCCUGGAUGAUGCUCGGGGCAUCAAAGGUUUAAGGGCUGUAUUUGGAGAGGUCUAUCCUGACCCAGUGAGAGUUGUGGCUGUUGGGCGAAAGGUUGAGGACCUUCUGGCUGACCCUAAAAACGAGGAAUGGUUGUCAAUAUCGACAGAAUUUUGUGGAGGAACCCAUUUAACAAAUACACGUGAAGCUGAGGCAUUUGCCCUUUUAUCGGAAGAGGGAACUGCUAAGGGAAUCCGAAGGAUAACUGCUGUCACAACCAAUGCUGCUUUUGAUGCAAUUAAAUUGGCAGAUUCACUUGAGCAGGAAGUAACUGAAGCUUCCAAGGCUGAAGAGAGCUUGCUGGAGAAGAAGAUAGCUUCCUUUAAAUCUCGCAUAGACGCAGCACAAAUUCCAGCGGCUAAGAAAGCUGAUAUAAGGGACAAGAUUGUUCAACUUCAGAAUAAAGUGAGAAAGGCACAGAAGAAGAUUGCAGAACAAAAUUUACAAAAAGCUGUCAAGGUUGCAAGGGAGAUGGCGGAACUUGCUGCAUCUGAUGGGAAGGCUUUCUGUGUAUCCCAUGUUGAUGUUGGUUUAGAUAUCGCUGCAGUCCGCGAAGCAGUGUGUAAAGUCAUAGAGAAGGGAAUGCCUGCGAUAGUUUUUAGCACUGAUGAAACUACAAAUAAGGCCGUGGCAUGUGCUGGAGUACCAGGAGACAAAGGCAAGCAAUUGGAGGUGUCACAGUGGUUGAUUGCAGCUUUGGGUCCCCUGAAAGGAAGGUGUGGUAAAGGAAAAGGUGGCCUUGCUACUGGCCAGGGAACAGAUGCAUCUCGUCUGAAGGAGUCAAUAGACGUGGCAACCACUUUUGCGCAGAUGAAAUUGAGUUGAAGGACCACCACUUCUGCGCAGCAAAUACCUAGUGAUAGACACAAGCUUGUCGGCCUACUCUGGUCCAGUUUGUAGGGAACCAAGUUACACUAAUUAUUUUCGACCAAAAAAAAGUUACAGUAAUUAAAUUUAGAACACUGGAUUGAUGUAUUCUGUUACACGAAGAAGGGUUUUGUCAUCUCUAUUGGAAUAAUGAAAAGAAUUCCGUUGAUUUGCCUGAU